GGUCAAAUUCCCGAUGUUAUAUCUUGUAGUGCUGCCGUCUCAGACGGUUCAUUUUACUCGGUUAUCAUGAAUUCAUCGGCUGCAGGAACCGCUACCGGGUUGAAGACCUCUAAAUCUCAGCGAGUGAGAGAGCUUCUCCCAUCGUUUAAGCCUUCUUGUUUGUCAAUUUUUCUAGCAUUUGUCUCUGGAGUUCUUUGGCUAAAAAAUGAAGCUGUAAACGAUCGUCUUUUCAUGCUUGAAAAACAAGUAACGUCUUUGACAGACGGAUAUCGCGGCUUUCCUCUGACUUCAACAAGCGAACACAUUCCUCCAACAAACGAAGCCAAGGAAGCCAAGCGACAUAGAGUGAUAUCAGGUAUACGUAAAAUCGUCCUUAAAAUAAUAGUUUCAUGCUUCCUUUACACCUUUUUCGUCUGAACAGCUGCUGAUACCUAUAAUCAGAAUGCUACUAAUAACAGCCUGGGGAUACUCCCCCAGAAAUUCAGUCUUCAUUUUCGUUUGAGACGCAUGACCGAAUCUUUUAGAUAGUUUCCCAGCAAGCCUGGCACAAAUUAUUUCAAUGACUUGCAAGCCAUGGUCAAGGUUCUGACGCCAUAAAAUACAAAAUUAUGUUGAAGCGAAAUGAUCCUUUUCUCCCCGUUUUCCUCAUAAGGAUCAGUUUCGUCUGGCUCUUAGACGGCCUGUCGUGGCCGGUAUAAAUAAAUGAUCUUCACCGGAAAUCUCAAUUGACAGGUUAUUUUUAUACUCCGCAGAUCCUCUUAAAACAUCUUCUAUUAAACGAUCUCGCAGGCACGCUCUGGACAACACAACAAGGAUUAUUACUUCUGAGGAUAUUAGCGUUGAAAUUGCCUUCCAACUAGGGAAAUACUGCAAAACCAGUGAGAGAGUAUGCCCAGCAGGACCCCCCGGACGCCCUGGUCCAAGAGGUAGAAGAGGAUCCCGUGGCAGUAGGGGACCCAAAGGGAACAAGGGAAACAAGGGGCUUCAGGGAAGCGUUGGACCACCAGGUGUAGCUGGAAAAACGGGAAUUGUCGGCCCAGUAGGACCUAGAGGAGAGAAAGGAGACCAGGGUGACACAGGAUCACCAGGAAUAAUCGGAAUUCCCGGGGCGCGCGGAGAAAAUGGAACGGUAGGACCUCCGGGACCCGGGGGAGAAAAAGGAAAUAAAGGGGAACCAGGGUCAAAAGGAGUGCGGGGACCUCCAGGUAAACCCGGAGAUAUGAUCGCCUUACCGAACGUGACGGUGACGCCGAUGGAAGUCACAGUCGAUGAAGGAGACAACGUAACGUUUCAAUGCCUCAUCAGUGGAAAUCCUACACCUAAUAUUUACUGGAAGUUUGAAGGCGUUAGGCUGUUAACUGGGUUUAAGUACUCUAUCGACUCUGGUAAACUGUUUAUAAACCAGGCAAAUUUCUACGAUACCGGAGAGUAUUCUUGCGUGGCGAACAGUGCAUUAGGUUCAGACGAAUCAGUUGGAAACUUAACAGUACGAGGUAAGUCUGAAAGAUAUGAUGCCGUUCGUCGUCAGUUUUAAUUCUCAGAGAAUCUGACAAGAAAAUUAAAGAAAAUCACUAUACCGUUAAGAAAGUUUGACUGACAGGUUCGCUUCUGAUGACAGAACAGUAUAGCGAACUGUUUCAGAAGCCUCAAAGUUUUACUAUAAUAAAUAUACAUCAAAAACUGACGUGCGAAAGCGUAGCACAGGGGCCGAAGCAUAACCCUCUGGCGACCGCCAGUGAAAUUAGCAAAUAUUUUCCUGUUAAUUGGACGUAAUUAUAAUAAGCAGGGUUUUUUUGCGGAGCAUGCGCUUAAGACAAAAUUUGUACUAACACGAAUCUUCUUCGAUCUUUCUUUUAGGCUUUCUUUUUUCCCUCUGCCUUUCAGCAUUUUUGUUAGUUUUUGUAGCCAGGACGAAAUGAAAUUUAAUCUGCAAAGAGUAGUAGAUGAAUAGGAAAGUUGGCAGUGGAUUUUUCAUCAAAAUAUUACUUGGUUUUCUAAGUGCAACUCUAUCAGGUUUGGACAAAAUGUUCAAAGAUCUAUCCUUGCGGAAUUUGCUUUCUACCAGCUUAGGCUACCAAAGCGGCAGAGGCGUUCUGCAUUGUUCAAUACUAAGUGAAAAACUGUGUUUGGCACACGGUGUCAUCGACACUAAGGGUAGUUUUUCGAAUUUGCUGAAAGCCUCACACCUAACACCUUGAAUUUCACAUCUUUAGCCGCACCUAUCUUCGUAAAAAGACCACCAUCACUCACUAUGCCAUUUGAAAGCACUGAUUUCUCAGAAGUCUGUCAGGCAGAAGGAUUUCCAACCCCGGUGUCCAACUGGACCAGGCUUCUUCAGGCAUUUCCCUUGGCGAGAACUGAAGUGAGUGGAGAAAUCCUUACCAUCAGAAACCUCACUACUACCGACAGUGGAUUAUACGAGUGUGAAGUAACGAACAACAUGGGAACAAAGAAGACUAGGAUGAACUUAGUUGUACAGAAAGGAGGUGAGUAUCACUUAACUGAAACUAACAUCGGAGCAAAAUCGCUUCUAGGCAAAAGAACACAGAAAAAAAAACACCUCACAAGAAAAAUAAAAAAGAAGAAGAAGAGUAAAAUUGUGAAUCGUCACUGCAUGAAUACAAGUAAUUUAUUGAGGUUUUGUCGAAGCAGACUCAUCAAACUUAACGUACUACAGUACUUGGUAGCCGUCAUUUGGUCACACUUAGGGAUUUCAUCCACGGAUUGACACUCAGUAGUUUGAGCGACCUUGUGUUCAACAUAUUGUGACUCACAAUAUACAGGAAAGUACUGCUGAGUAGCUUCCAUUCGACUGGCCAGUCUUCAGAAUUUUUAGAACCGCCUUGUAAAGCGUUAUUUUAAUAACGCUGUUAAAACAAUCCCGCAGGACUAAAGUACCGAGUUUCAUUUGAAUGGUCAAACUUUAGGAUUUGCGCGAUCCACAGAAUCAGACUGAGUUACAGCUACCUUAUACAGCACAAUAAUAAUCAGUGCCACAAGAAAGUGCCGCUCAGCAGCUUUCAUUUGCCGUGACACUAUAGGAUUUCAUCCACAAAUUCAAAAGCUAGAACCACCUUGUAGACAGCUAAUCAACUUACAGGCUUCAUCCGAUACACUCAAAAGGUACACAAAACCGCUUUGUACAGCAUAAAAAGCACUGGCAAAGAAACGAGCAGGAAUUAGGCUUCAUUACUCAUUGAUCCGACUUUCAGAGACGUUCGUGACAUUCGCACUCUUUCAUAUUGAUGAUUCUUAAAAGCAACUACACCAGAACAAUGGGAGGCAAGAAACGCAAUUCUGGUUCUGAACGUUUUAAUAUACUUAUCUAAUGCCCUGAAAAGCCCUAAAGCUCAUCGAGGGUCAUUUAUCUUUGACACUACAUUACAGGACAUUCAGUACAGAUUGUCCUACACGCUGUGACUGUGUGCAUGGAAUUCACUUUUUUUGUUGUUGUUAUUAACGGCCGCUGUACAAUUUUCUUACCCCUUUUUCAGUGGAUUGUGAAUGUUGGAUCUCAAGAAGCACAACGCCAUCAGUUCGCUACAGCUGGCAAAGUUAUCAAGCUUCCCUGGCAGAUGCUUUCAACUUUCAAACCAGUAGUAAUGUCAUAUUACGAGGCUAUUACCUAUGGAACAGAGGAGAAUUGUUCCCUGGUAAUAGAUUCACAAUUGAGUUAUACCAAGGAAAUACCUCUAUUGCCGCGAAAAAUGGUACCUAUGAUUCCAGCCUUUAUCGCAAAGAUACAUUUCCAGUGUUCUUUCCCCGAGUAGUUCACUUGGAGGCGGGUGUUAAUUAUACCGGAGUUGUGAAAAUUUAUAGAAGGAAGUCCUACCGCGCAGAAAAUAUCGCAGUCAACAACAAUGUCUGUUCAGGGGUUAAUGUUGCAUUUGAGAAAUCUAGCCUUUUGUACUCAGGCUCCUACCGUUAUGCUCGUCAGAUUUCUGCGUUAAUCUUUCUCAGUUUGAAAUGCUGAUGGUAUGCACCCUAAGUCCAUCUAACUGAGCUUCCUGGGUCCAAGUGUUUACUUUUUACGCAA